AUGGUGGUUUUAUUGCUAUUUUUUCAUUCUCAGGUUUAUGAAGUUCUGAAGUUGCUGAAUGAGCUCUACCUACUACAGCUAGAGAUCAAGAUGCUCAACAGGUGUUGGAUAAGGAAUUCUGUUUUAGUUAAUUCCCCCAGUCUUCUGCAAAAAUUCGGAAUGGAUAUACUUCCCUUGUUGAUCCAGGUAGUUAAUUCUGGUGCAAAUUUAUAUGUUUGUUAUGGCUGCCUUUCUAUUAUCAACAAGUUAGUUUAUUUCAGCAAAUCUGACAUGCUUCUUGAAUUACUUAAGAAUACCAACAUUUCAAGUUUUUUGGCCGGAGUGUUCACUCGAAAGGAUCAGCAUGUGCUCUUAGUAGCUCUACAUAUUGCUGAGAUGAUUCUGCAAAAGCUUUCUGAUAUUUUCCUGAGUUCAUUUAUCAAGGAAGGUGUCCUUUUUGCUAUUGAUGCAUUGUCAUUUAAGUAACUAUUAUGU